AUGCAACGAUCAAGCGGAGCAAUUAUUUCUCAGCUUAAACAAUUUAUUAUUCCUCCUUUGAGUCAUCAGGCCCAUAAAGGUCAAGCAGGAAGAAUUGCUGUAAUCGGAGGUAGCGAAGAAUACACUGGAGCUCCUUAUUACGCAGCAAUAUCUGCUUUAAAAUGUGGAGCAGAUCUGUCUUUUGUAAUUUGCUCUAAAUUAGCGAGCGUGAUUAAAUCGUAUUCCCCAGAGCUGAUUGUGUAUCCGUUCAUGUAUGAAAAAUCAAGUGUAGAGUACGAAACAAUAACCAAAACUCCUCAUUUGUUUUCUCAAGAUUAUGAAUUUAAACAAUUUAUGAAAAACACAUACGAAGGUAUAUUCAGGCGUAUCAGUAGCGUAGUGUUAGGACCUGGAUUAGGAAGAUCCAAAGAAAUUCUUCAACAAGCUGAGUGGUUCAUUAACUAUUGCAAUGAACUAAAUAUGCCAUUAGUGUUAGAUGGAGAUGGCCUUUUUUUAAUUGGAGAAAAGCCAGAAUUGAUUAAGGGGCAGCAAAACGUUGUUCUUACGCCCAAUCCAGCCGAAUUUCAAAGAUUAUUUUCUAAAGUCGUGGAUUAUCACAAUAAGAAUAGCACAGAACAAGUUUCAGCGUCUCAGUUUAAGACAGAGCUCGAGGAAUUGACUUUUGUUUCCAAAGCUCUUGGAAAUGUUUGUAUUGUAAGAAAGGGACUUGUUGACAUCAUUUCUAUUGGAGAUCAUUAUGUAGAAUGUGAAAUACUGUCACCCUCUCCAAGAAGAUGUGGAGGACAAGGCGAUGUGUUAACUGGAAUUCUCGCAACGUUCUCCUAUUGGGCGAAUUGGGACAGAAAAGAAGUGACCACCAAAUUAAGUCACGAAGAGAAGAUCUUAGCUGCUUGCUACGGUAGCUGCUUGGUUCAAAAAAAAGCAGCUCAAAUCGCUUUCUCCCAACAUCAUAGAUCCACCACCACUCCGGAUAUUAUUGAUAAAAUAGGUGAGGCAUUCUCUGAAGCUUUUAAGGAGGAUAACUAA